GUAGCUGGCGCUAUACCAAAUUUGUGCGAUCAAGAAAAAUUUGAUAAUCAUGGCAUCCAAAAAGGGUGGCAAAAAAGGCUCGAAAAAGUCAGAAAAGGUAGUGGAAGAAGCACCUCCACCGGCGGAAGAGAAAAAAGAAGAAACACCAGAAGAUAAUGCAGAUGAAAAACAGCAGGAUCCGUCCCCAUCAGAGGAACAGGAACCUGUGAAAGUACCAACUCCACCUCCAGAAUACGACGAGCCAACUCUUGCUGAAUUAAUCGUAGAACACUAUGAAGGAGAGAAGGUACGUGGUCUCUAUCAAGAUAAUGAAGGCAUAGCUGCUUUCAGUGGUGGACAUCAUUACAAGGGUCAGUUCUCGCAAGGAUUGAUGCAUGGCAAGGGUAAAUAUGAAUGGGCAGAUAAAGUCAAAUAUGAGGGUGAUUUCAACAUGAAUGAAAUAACAGGUAAAGGUACUUAUACAUGGCCCGAUGAUAGCACGUAUGAAGGAGAGGUGGAGAAGGGUCGUCGCCAUGGCCACGGUACAUUCCGCUGCAUGUCAUCGCCCUCUUCUUACACAGGGCAGUGGCAUCAAGGACAGAGGCAUGGUACAGGUAUCAUUCGCUAUGACACCGAUGGACUCUCGUUUUAUGAGGGAGACUGGGUGAACAACAAACGCCAGGGGUACGGUGUUAGGCGUUACCGAUCAGGCAACGUCUACGAAGGAGAGUGGUCAAAUAACAACAGACAUGGCCAAGGCAUGAUGAGAUGGGUAGACCUCAAUCAAUCUUACAAUGGACAAUGGGAUAAUGGUGUUCAGCAUGGUCAUGGAGAGCACACCUGGUACCUCAAGCGUCUUCCCGGUUCACAGUAUCCACUACGCAAUCAGUAUAUUGGGGACUUUGUUUAUGGUAAACGUCAUGGUUACGGCGUAUUCCUCUAUGCGAACGGGGCAAAGUACGAAGGAGAAUGGAUGAAUGAUAAGAAGAGUGGCAGGGGUGUUUUCACGUUCAAGAAUGGUCGUAUCUUUGAUGGGAUCUUUGUGGAUGAUAGGAUGGCAGAGUACCCUCAAUUCACGAUGGAUGGGACUAAUACCCCAGACCUAUCAGGAAUCAGGACCAGGACCCCAGACCCAGCAGGACCAGAACAACAUGUGGGAGAUCUGACAGCGAGGACCGACGAGAGUCGCAAUACCCUCGGUCCAUCUUUGACCCUUGACCUUCAGCAUUUACUGAAUGAAUUCAGUGCUGAGGAGAAAGAAGAUGAAUUGCAGCAGGUUAUGUUUGUGAUUCUGCGUCACAUGAGUGCAUUGAAGAAGGUGUACUCCUACUAUAGUGGUCUCGGCCAUGAUGCAUCGCCUGAUAAUACCUUCAUCAUGACGAGGCUUCAGUUCUGGAGGUUUCUCAAGGAUUCCCGUCUUCACCAUCUUGACGCAACAUUAGCUGAGAUGGAUAGAAUACUAGCUGCAGACAAGACAUCAACAGACAUCCAUUCUCCCUUGGACAAGCUUCUGAUGAGAGAAUUUCUGAAUCACAUCAUCACACUGUCAUAUUAUCUCUACAAGGAUCAAUACGAACCUGGAUCUGGUCCUGUACUAGCCUGGUGUCUGUCUAAGACCAUCACAGAGAACAUAGUACCAUUUGGGUGUGACGUCCAGGGUAACUUCCUGUAUGACGAGGCCCACGCUGUCAAUGCACUGGGGUACAUGGACAGAUGCUAUGAGGUCUAUCAAGAUAUCAGCAUACCUUCUAAGUACAAGCCAUAUGAUUCCGUCCUAAAGAUGAGGGAGUUCCUGUAUACUAUGAAUGAGUAUAGUUUAGUGAACGACAACCUGACUGCUCGGCGCAUCUUAGAGAUCUUAUCCUGUGAUGAUCCCGCUGCGUACGACUCUAAGGACUGCAAUCUUGAACUCGAGAUGACCUUCCUAGACUUCUUUGAAGCAGUGAUAGGUUGUGCCAUGUACUAUGUCACAGAGGAAGUGAUCAAAGACCCUACGACCCCUAGACCUAGCACUGUUAUCUCCAAUCACACUCAUACAAGCUACAGCUCAACUACGCAUGGGUCAACAUCAAGAACAAGUCACCACAACGACGAUGGGGAUGAAACUGCCUCACCCCGUACAUCUAACUAUGGUUCUCCUCCGCUACGAGCGAUGUCAUCAUCAGAGGUCGUAAGGAAGGCAUCAGAUGGUAAAGUAGAGGCACAUGGGUCUAUAACUGCUGUCACUGAGAGCAUGCACACUGAACAGCCUCUAGAGGGCAGCACACUAGGUGUCAAUAAUAAAACUGUCAAAUCAGAUGUAGGUACCGAGGCAGGUAAAGGUGUUUCUGUAGCGUCAUUACAAGCCGGUGAGAAUCCAAGCAGUGAUAGUCAGACCCAUCUAUUACAAUCCGUGUUAUCAAUGGGUGCUGAAGAGACACAGCAACAAGAACCACAAGUUGAGGAAAUGGAGGAAGAGAUGGAUGAGGAGACGAGAAGGUUCAAUUUCUGGACGCAUCAAAUCAACAUCUUUUUCUUGAGGAAGCUCUUCCCAGCUCACGAACACAUGAGAGAUGUUCAGAGCAAGAGAAUCACAGUCAGAGAAGAAAAGAAGCUGGCAUGCCUCCAGGCUGAGCGUGAACGCGAGGAACGGCUAAAGAAGAUCCAAGCUCUUCGCGAAGCAGAAAAGCAAGCCGAAGAAGCACGAGCCCUGGCUCUAGCCGCCGCAGCAUCCGAAACAGGGGCUGGUAACGAGACUAUCGAUGGGUCAAUCAGUGAAGAGAGAGUUGAAAGGUCAAAGUCAAAUAGUUCCACCAAGGGAAAAUAAUUGUCUUUUAUUCAUUUGGUAAUAACUCAGUCACAUUUUCUCUACAGCGGCGUACUGUGGGUAAAAACAGCAGUUAUAUGUAUUUUUAUUCAAACCACCUCGUGUAGCUGGUAAAAAAAAUUGCUAUUUUUUCGUAGGGGAAAUGUGACUGAAGUAUAUAGGUCAAGUCCACUCCAGCAACAAUUUGAUUUGAAUAAAGAAAUAAAUAAGUCAGUAUACAAAUAGGCAUGAGUGCGAGAUUUCGCAUAAGAUGAAAGAAAGAUGCUCUAUUCAAAGAGGCCUUAGCCGAGUUGAAUAGAGUGCCUCUUUCUUUCACUGAAUGCCAUUCAUAUUUCUCCAACAAUAGUAACACAGCAACUGCUGCAUCACGCAGAAGUGUUACCCUUGAGGUAUUGUUGGAGAAAUAUGAAUAACUAAAGAUCUUUCAUUGAUCAAUAGGACUGCAUUUUAAUUGCAAUAUAUGUGUAGCUUUCAAAAAUAUGAGGAUCAUAUUGUCAGUAGCCACCCUGAUUCCUCAUACAAUGAGUAAAAUGUGGUCUGGCAAUAGGUACACAGAACUAUUUAAAAAGUCUAACCAAAGGGCAGUUUCAUCAUAUUAUUAACCAUUUGAUAAACCCCCCAGUUCUUUUCCAUUCUCACAACUGCUCAAGCCUUGAUAUUUGAGAGCAUUACAACUCUUCAUGAGCACACAUACUUUCCUGUGUGGCCUUCUAGUGGUUGGCACACAUGAACUCACAGCUUUUAACCCAAUUUAAAUUUGUUUUUCUGUGAAUAUUGAACAUUCUGUUGAAAAUUAUUUUGUAUAUGGUGUAAAUAUGUAUAUAUAUUUAUAAAUGUGUCUUUAUAAUUAUUGCCUUAUUUCAUUCAGAUAUUUCACCUUGCUAAUCCAAUGCAUUCCAGAGGAACUAAAGUUUUAAAAAACCUUUUGAAAAUUGCUUUCAAUUGCUUCGAGUAAUGCACAUUUUUAGAGCUAUAUCAGUUUGUAACAUUUUCUAUGUUUCUAUUUUGAUGAAUGAACAUGUUAUGAUAUCCUCUCAGAAAUGGCUAAUUCUUUUGAAUAUCUUUGAUGAGGUAUUCUAGAGAGUGUACAGGGGCCCAUAUCAAAAAGGACUUAUGAAUAUAUCUUUGUUGCUAUGGUAACUAUGGUAACAGGAUUCGGUAGCCAAUAGAAAUUAAGUUUUCCAUCUCUACCUCUAUGUUUCCAUGGUAAUUAAUGGUAAAGUUACAAAAACCUUAACUGUAUGUCUUUUUUGUAAAAGGGAAUCCUAGUAUGCACUUGAAGGGUAACCCCAGAUACGUGGGUAUAUCAAAUGAUAGAAGCAAAUAAAAAAAUAUAUAUGAGAAUUUAUCCGUCCAAUAA